AUGACCGAUCUAACCACCAUCUCAGAUCUUACUCUAACCGAAGGAGAAGUUCGUUAUGUACUUCGAAAUCUUGACGAAGAGAAAGCAACUGGUCCUGACAAAAUCCCAGCUGUAUUACUAAAAAACUGCGCGGCUAGUAUAGCUCCGUCAUUAUGUGAACUUUUCAACAAAAGUUUAUCGUCUGGUCAACUUCCGUCAGAAUGGAAGUUGUCUAAUGUUUGUCCAAUCCCAAAGGAAAGUCCACUUCAUGAAGUUUCCAAUUAUAGACCAAUUUCACUUCUGUCGUUAGUCUCGAAAGUAUUUGAACGUUGCAUAUACAAUAGACUUAUAGAUCAUAUCUCCAGCAAACUGAAUGAGUUACAGUAUGGUUUUCAAAGAGGCAAGUUUACUACUUCCCAGCUUUUACAUGUUCUUCACAACAUUCAUAAAAUGCUUGAAAAAAGAUGCCAAGUUGACACGAUUUACCUCGACUUCGCGAAAGCAUUUGACAAAGUAAGUCAUGACCUUUUACUUGUGAAACUCCAUAACUUUGGCAUCAAAGGUAAUCUUCUUCGUUGGUUUAAAAAUUAUCUUUCUGGGCGUUUUCAAAGAGUCACUGUACAUGGUGUUACAUCUCAGCCGCUCCCAGUACUAUCCGGCGUUCCCCAAGGAUCAAUUCUUGGACCAAUCCUCUUUCUAAUCUACGUAAACGAUCUUCCCGAUAGCGUCUCCCAAGGUAUACUGCCGUGUCAAUGUUUGCUAUGA